UAGCGGUAUAUAGAGAUCAGUGAGAAUAGUUAUACUUUUAACCACUAGGUCGAGUAACACCAUAAGCUACACAAGUACAAUUGUAUAUGUUAAUAAUUAACCUUCUCUUAAAUUCUUUAAACUUCCGGCUUUCAUUCUCGUGCAAAGAGUUACAAAAGUCCGCAGAGAUGGCCAAGUCUAAGAAUCACACCAACCACAAUCAGAAUCGCAAGGCUCACAGGAAUGGAAUCAAAAAACCUAAACGUUACAGACACGAAUCGACUCUUGGGAUGGAUUUGAAAUUCCUUCGCAAUCAAAGAUUCGCUAAAAAGCAUAAUCUAAAUCCUAAACAACAAGUAAAACGAGCAACGGAACGUAAAGCCAUUCGCGAAUCUAAAGCGAAAUAAGCGAUUAUGACUGUUUGUAAUUGAAAAUAAACAUUUGAUAAGUUUGUUCCU